UGAGUAUUGUAUUAUAAUCAUACACAUUUAGAAGUUGAGCUCCAACAUAAAAUUCCAAAAACACCAUAGAAGAAGAAAACUCUAUACUUCAGUUUCGCUUACCAUUCGUCUGCCAAUUCUCUACAUCAUCUGCACCAUUUUCAUCAUCCAUGGUGUGAGGUAUAAGCUCUCGAUAAUGUCCCUUGCCUGCUUGGAGUUGUAAUGUCUGGUGUUAGAGAGGACGAGGACGGCCAAAGCAGCGGAACUUUACCAUUUCCCGCUUCCUCUGCUGAAAGCAUAUUGCAUAAUAACUCUGAAUUAAGAGAAGUUAACUACAUGGGAUAUUCUGAUUGCUCUUCAUCAGUGGACAGUUCUGCAAUUUCGGUUGCCUCUGGAGAAAGUAGAAGCAAUUAUAACCUUAAAGCAACAGAACUGAGACUUGGCCUUCCUGGGUCACAAUCGCCUGGAAGAGAUACUGAACUUGGUCCAUUAACUUCCUCGAAACUGGACAAGAAACCGUUAUUUCCAUUGUAUCCUGUUAGUGAUGGUACUUCCUCUUCAUCGAGGAUAUCCAUUGUCUCAGGUCACAAAAGGGGAUUUGCUGAUGCCGUUAAUGGCUUCUCCAAGGGUAAACUUCUUUCCAGUUCAGAUGUAAAUGUGGUCUUAUCACCGAGGUCUCCCUCCAGCCUGGAUGUCAAAUCUGGUCCUUUGAAAGAGAGUUCUACAAUUUUGACGGCCAAGAUGAAGGAGGCAGUAUCAUCAGUUGCAGUUAAAGAGAGGGCUCUUGAUAUUGGAAAUGCUAGUGCGGAACACGAGGGUGCUGGAAAUCAUAAUCGUGCACCUGCUCCCAAGGCACAAGUUGUUGGUUGGCCACCUAUCAGAUCAUUCAGGAAAAAUUCCAUGGUAACUGCCUCAAAGAACUCUGGUGAAGUAGACGGAAAAGCAGGAAUUGGUGUUUGUUUUGUAAAAGUCAGUAUGGAUGGUGCUCCAUAUCUUCGAAAGGUAGACAUAAAAGCUUACAUGACAUACCAUGAAUUAUCAUCUGCUCUUGAGAAAAUGUUCAGUUGUUUUACAAUAGGUCACUGUACAUCACAUAUGACUACUGGAAGGGAGAUGCUUAGCAUAAACAAACUCAAAGAUUUAGUUCAUGGUUCAGAAUAUGUUCUGACAUAUAAAGACAAAGAUGGUGACUGGAUGCUUGUUGGUGAUGUUCCCUGGGAGAUGUUUGUUGAUUCAUGCAGAAGGCUAAGGAUCAUGAAGAGCUCCGAUGCAAUUGGUCUAGCUCCAAGAGCAGUAGAGAAAUGCAGGAACAGGAGCUAGCUUAUCCACGGCUUUGUUGAUCGUGUGCUUGUCUUGGACUGUUGUAAUGUAUCAUUCUAACUGGAUAAGAAUAUUGUAGUUGAUGUUUUGGAAUUCAGAUUGCUCUAUUGCUACAUACUUAGGAGAUCACCUUAGCAUAAUAUUACCAACUUGGUAUUAUAGAUUUGUAGUUUUCUAUUACUUGCUUCCUAGCAGGACAGCCUACAUGUAAAGUGCCCUGCUUGGCUGUUUCCUGAAGCUCUCUACUCUGCGUGCAUGUUUAAAUCAUAGACUCGCUUGCAGCCUCAAAUUAGCUGAUUGUUUCUGUUGCCUUUUA